AAUAUUAUGUUUUGUUAGUGCAACUACCUGCGACGGGUUAAGUGGAGUCGCUUGUUGAAUGGCUCGUUUAAAACAAGCCUUUAAGAAAUGAUUAAUAAGAGAAAAUAAGACUAAAUUAGUAAAAAAAUGAGAGUUUACAUCAGGCUUGUUUGGAUUUUAAGCCUUAUUUCUAUUUCACAAUGUCGAUCGCCGUAUACAAACAAAUACUUCUUCAAAAUCAAACCGGAUGACAUACCGGAAGUGAGGGCGAAGUUACUUAACUACCAGUUUGAAUUCAAAAAUAAGAUAAUAGAUGGCAUUUACGUUUUUCAACUAACGAAUUCAACGGACGGCUAUGUGAUGCCAAUGAAACGGAUUCAUCAACUGAUCGAGGAGUUUGACGGAAAGGUAGAAGACAUUGAGCAGUGCAGAACAUGGUUUGGGACUCAGACUGGUUUCUAUGAAGAAAACAAAACCCUUGACACAGGAACGGGCUCGAAUGUGUCUGUAAUUGAAACUGACAGACAUCGGAGACAUGCGCCGGAUCUCUCUAUUCCAGUAGCAAUAAAAGUGACUUCUGCCGUAGCAUCAGCUUUGAUAUUCAUGGCUGCAGUUGGAUACAUAAUGCACAGGAGACGGGAGCGGAAUAAACAAAAUAAAAACAUGGAACUAGAGAAUGAGCCAUUAAAGAAAUUUGUUUCUGUAUAAGUACAUGUUACAUUCCUCACCAUGACGAACGUUUGUAUCCUGUUAUAGGUACAUACUACUUUGCUCAAGACAUUCUAUGGCAAACAGUUAUAAACUGUGUGAGUUUUAUUGUGUUGAUUAUAUUUUGCAUUGUUUUAACAGCGAAUGUUAAAAGAUACGUAUAAAUCACAUUAUAUGUAAAGCUUAUCCCUUAAGAAGCUUACUAUUUCUUCUUCUUUGAUUCUACUCACAAACAGCAUUAUGAUAAUAAUAUCAGAACGUAUUAUUAUACAUGGCUUGUUAUUUGUUAUAUUUAUAUCCGUAACAUUCUUAAUUAAACAGCCUGGAUAUAAUUUUAUGUUGAUUUACAAAAUAUCUAUAAACAUCCAUUUGUAUA